UCCAAUCAAUUCAGCGGCUACCACAGAAAACUACUCUCCUCCAUCACUUUAAUUUUUGCAUGUCUAUCUGUUCCCAACAAUUAUUGUGUGUAUAUAUAUUGACGCACACAUGCAUCCUCCAAAAUCCAGAUCAAAAACAAUCACCAGUUCUUUAUAGUUCAAAGAUUUUCUGAGCCCUCAUCAAUGGCGCCAUCAGCUGCAAUGCUCAUACUUUCACAUCCUCUGAUUAGCCACAAAACGACAAAUCAGUCUCCAUCAUCGCCAGUCUUUAAGUCGAGACGUAUGUUCGAUCUUCUUUUGCCAUGGAAGAAGACAUCGGACAGUGAAGAGGUCGGUCUCAGCCGCCUAGUCUUUGGCGAUCCCGCUACACUUGAGAAGCGUUUCCAAGAAGCUCUUGAACUUAGCUGCUGGUAAUUUUUCACAAUGUCUAGUGAUGUCGUUUUUACUGGUUGCAUCUUCGUAAUUAUCAAGUAUUUUAUUAUUGUCUUGUAGAUGGAAAUAAUGUAAAAGCAAUGGUUUCACCAAACAAAAAAAAAAGUAAAAGUAAUGGUUGGUUAUAAAUAAAUAAAAACAAAGGAGAAAAAU